ACGAAUUGGCGGGUUGCGUUCGAAUUGCUACGCCCUGCAGUUCCUCUGAACGAAAGUAAAAUUAACUAAUUGAAGUUGUAACUAAACGUCAUCGUUACCGCGUUGGGUAUUCUAACAUUUGUUAGUUUUAUAGCCGUUUUUUUAAAUACACGCUGACACGCUUGAAAGCUUCUCUUACAAACGGUAGCAGUAAACUUUGUGGCUAGCAGCUAAAUUAGCCGUCUAUCUAAUGAAUAUAAGCUAUGUUAGCUUUUUGAUCGGUGACCACGAUACAAUCCGCUUCAGUGUUCUAUCACCUCGUAAUCAUGGCGAACCCGGCGUUGUUUCAGAAAAAGAAAGGAAAGUAUCUGUGGUUUGCUCUUCACGGGCUGGGAUUUCAACCGGACACUGCUAUAUCGUCUUUCGCUAAACUCAAAAUCAACGUUAAACACAUCAACCUGGGACCGAAUAUGUUUGACAAACCAAACAAGGGUGCUGCCUACAUUGUCAUCCAUUUCCUCUUGGUGAAACUCAACCCGACGCGUUUUCAGGACGCAUACAGACAUUGCUGGCCUGUACUCGACCACAAAGCAGAUGCUGAGUUUAGGAAAGUCACCUGCGCUUGGCUGCGAGAAAUAAUGGAUGAAAUUGCGAAUGCAGGAUCCAAAGUAGUUGCAUCCUUGUUCCUCUCCCCCGGAGGCCCAAAGUUUAUCAGCUUGAUGCUUCAGUUGGCCAACCAUGUCAUGCUGCAGGAAAUGAAGUCCUUCACCAAAGAUGGCUGCUGGGUUCCAGAGUCUGCAGCAAUGCCUGCUUCUUCCUUGGAUAUGGCUGUGAAGAGAUUCAACCUGACCACUAAAAGGUUUUUGAAAACGGCAGUGGAUCAGGACCGUUUUCUCCUGGAGUACCAGAGACGAGCCCCGCUUCUUGUAAAAUCUAUGAGGGAUUUCAGAGAAGAUGGCACCAAGUACAAUGAACUACUCAAGCGUUACAGCAGUGAUUCUGUGUCAGAGGAACUUUCUUCAGCUGAGAAGACAAAGAAGGUGCGCUCCUUGUGGGCAGACAUUGAUCAAAUGUUGUCAACGAUCAAAGAGGAGCAGAGUUCAGUGGCAAGUGUUUUGAAAGGGGACGUAGACCAGUACGUCCUGGAUGGAACGGAUCGAGUACUCAAAGUUCCCCGCAGUCUGCUGGAGAGAAUUGAACAGCUCCCACAUCAGUUGAGUUCGGGGAAUGUGUACGAGGCCGGUCAGCUGAACCUCCUGUGUGUGUUGGAGCUGAUGAACCACGCGCUGCAUGUCCUCAGAGACGAGCGUCGGCGUGUCUCAGAUGCACCAAAAUCUGACCUCAAUCCUCGGCAUCUGCAGGAGAAGUGUCAGCAGAUGAGCCGCGUGCUGCAGGACCUCCACCUCAUCAGACAGAAGAUUUCUAAAGAGCAAAUUCCUGAUGUCAGAAGUAGCAUCAGUGAGAUGGAGGCUGAGUGGGACAGGAAGUGGAUGGACACCAUCAAAGAUGCACCACUUGAUGGUUUUCUGAAUGAGGAUCCUGCUCUCGGAUUUCUGUCACCAAUGGCGCCAUUGUCAUUUAAGCCGGCAGCCGAAGCUACUUACAGAAGUAGUGUGUUUUCUCAGUACCCUGCUAAACUUCUUGAGGAGAAGCCUGCAGAGGUGAAAUCACAGGAAGUCAUCAACCUAAGUUUUUCAAACCUAAAAAGCUCUUUCUCAGAGAGGAGUGAGAGUCCCAUUGUCACCACUGAAGCUUCAUCGCGAGUAAACACCUCUCUGGACUGGCUUUUCGACACACCUCCAUCUCCUCCCCUGGGGGCUCCACCUUUACCACCACCUCAGGCCAAUGUUGCCAGUGUGAAGACGACGACUAGUGUUCACCCAAAGGUGGCCCCUGCAAGAACCAAGACGCAGAUAUUAGACAUGGAGUAUGAUAACCUUGCAGAUCAGUUUGCAGAUGCUGUAACUACAGCUAGUCCCACAGAAGGCACGGCCAGAAGUCUGGACUUGGAGGGCCUUCUCAGCACUCUUCAUGGAGAUCCUUUCUCUACAAGAAAGCAGCUGCCACGUACACCUGAACGUUUAAUUCUGGAUGUGAAAAAUUCAUGGAGGAAAGCACUCGAAGAAGACAUAGGGAAGAAGUUGACCAAGCUUAACGAAAGCACAACACCUCCUUCCUUCCAGGAGCUCAAUGUGUCAAUGAGCCCUGACACCCCCACUGUGGUGACCCCCAGCAGUCCCCCUGUCUGCCAGCAGGAGGCCUCAUUCAAGUCCACAAUGCUGUGGGACACCUUCAACUCUGACAGCCUGGGCAGUAGUGCGGUCCAGUUCAGCCUCAACCACGAAACUCUCCCUGAAAUGCCAGAGUGUGACAGUAUGCUCAGCCUUGGGGAUGACGCGGUGGAUUUGAAGAGUGAGGAGGACGACGAUGAGCUUCUCUUUCCCUUCAUAAAGACUGAAGCAGAGCAGCCACCACUAAAUGCAGCUAAUCAUUGGUUUAAGAGCCAACAGGUGUGUGAAGAUGGCUCCUUUAUUGAAAACAAGGAGAGGACAUUGUCAGGACACAAUGUCUCUGGUCUGGAGAGAGACUGGCUCUCAGGGCCUGUUAAGUCCGUGGAAGCCUCUGCAAAGGUUUUCUCCCUGGACCUGGAUUCACUGGACAUGCCAUCACCUCCAAAACAGGAUUACUGCCUCCCACAACUCAUUACGUUCUCUCCAAUAGAUGACUUGAAGUUGUGAUUACACCCACUUUAGCAGUCUUCUUUGUCUUAAACGUUUUUUUUUUUUAAUCUAUACAUAGAUGUCAAAUGGCAAUAACGUCUAGUUCUGCAAAGUUUUCUGUGGUUAAAGUCAGAUGGUUUUAAUUUAAACUAACAAUGCUUUAAUAAAAAAAAUGUAAAACCUGUCAUUUUUCCUUUCCUGUCAACUUGAUAACGCUAUCGUUGCAAAAGGGUUUUAAAGCCUUUCUCAUUUGUGAUUUACAAUUCAGAUGAAAGGAAAGAUCAAUUUAUGCAGCGAACUGCAAUGACUGAAACUUGUCUGGACUAAGAGUCACAGGAAGCGACUGCAAUACUUGGCAAGUGGCUAUGAGUUGUAUUUGGACAAAAGUCAGGAUCAAAUCCUAUCUAAAAACAUGUAUGGUUAUGUUUUUUCACUGCAACUAAGAUUGCCCACCUCAUUGUAUUGUCAGUUGAUGAAACUUCCUUGACGGAAUAUAUUUUUCAUUGAGAUUUACAGAAGAAAUGAGAACGGGGCAAAUGUAAAAUGUCAACAUUUACAUGUUUGAAUAAAUUGAAAUUAGAAAACA